UGGAGUCUUCAUCUUUGUGCUCAAGAAUCAGUCUUGCCUUUAAAAUCUUCGAUUUUGCGCCAGCAAGGAUCAUAAAAAUUUGAUCUUUUCGACGGCUCUUCCUCCAGUUCUCAGAUUCGGAGGAAAUGGGUGCGACGUGCGGCGGCGAAGACCUGCUGUCCAUGUGAGGUCAGAUUCAAGAACUAAAAAAAAAAAGGAUUUUGCAACUCUUCCGGUGAUUCCCACGUGUUGAUGGGUAGAGGCAGAGGGAAAGGGAAGAAAUUGACUGCGUCCACUUCUCAUGAGGAUUCAGGCAAGAGUGGUGAAGAGGUGCUCCCUUAUAGGAGAGGAAGGCCUCAGAAAUCUCUGAAGGGUGACGUUGAUAAAGAUGGUGUUGAGGAAAUUGAAGGAGAAGAUGAUCUGAAGCUCAGUGCACCAAACCAAGAGGCCAAGGGACCAACCACAGUGAAUGUCAAGAAGAGGAAGAGAGACUCAAAGUCAAAAGAAAACUCUGUGAAGACAGGAAAUGGUGCUGCUGGAUCUGAAUCCAUGGAGCAGCCAACUGGUUCUAAUGGUCAUAGCCGGAGCCGGAGGAAAAACAAACCUCGUAGGGCUGCCGAAGCUGGAGUCGAGUGCAUGUGAUCAGCACUUCUACAGAGUCCCUAUGCCAUUUCAUUCUCAAUUCAGUUAUCUUCUGAUAGUUUUUGGUUGUUCUGCGUUCCUACGGAUACGUUCAUUGUGUCUAAAACAAGGUGCAUUCAGUCUUCUUCUGCCAUUAUGAACUGUUCCAACACUGUAAAGAGUACUCGUUCCUCGUGGGUUACAUUCUGUUACAACUGUUCAUAUCGAACAUGAACUGGUUGCUUCAUGAUGAUCUUUCCUUCAACAUGAAGGAUUGAUCUGUCUGUUGCCUGAAGAUCAUGUUAGGUGCUGCUUGAUAGAUCAUUCAUCAUUGCUUGUGGAACAAGUGGCAACCUGCCUUGGUGACAGAUUAAAUGCAGUGCAAGCACAUAUUUCUGACCAAAUGCAGAUCGCAUGCCUUGUGUUUUCCUUUUUCCGCUUGAAACUU